AUGGCCUUUCAUGUUAUUGAGCAAAUUCUAUUGAAGGUGUCACUAAUGAAAAGAGUCAUGAGGUUUGGCAAGGGUAAUCUUAGCCCUCGAUAUAUUGGUUCCUUUAAGGUUCUUGAAAGUGUGGGGACGGUAGCUUAUAGGUUAGCAUUAACGCCUAAUUUAUUUGGAGUCCAUCAAGUGUUCUGUGUAUCUAUGAUGAAGAGAUAUUAUGGUAAUGGGGAGUACAUCAUUAAGUGGGAUUUGAUCUUGCUAGAUAAAGACCUUCAACAUAAAAAUGAGUCGGUUGGUAUUCUUGAUCGAGACGUCCAGAAGUUGAGGAUAAAGGAAAUCAGAUCAACACAGAUUCAACGGAAAUAUCAUCCAGUUGAGGAAGCCACUUGGAUAACUAAGAAGGACAUAUGGGAUAAUUACCCUCACUUGUUUGAGGAUUCAGGCCUUAGAUGUAGUGGCCCUGAGGAAAGAUUUGGAUUCAUCCUAAGAUGGGAAAAAUCUGGGUUAAUGAGGAUUUUUGGGCAUAAUACCUUGGUUGUUCUUAAGGAUGAUUAUUCUUGA